AUGGUGAUUAAUAUGGGAAAAUAUUUUGCUAGUAAAACACCUGAUACAAAUAUUUCGACAUAUGCAAGUGCUUUGGGCAUAGAUGUUCUACGAGAUCUAAUUGCUUGCAUACAAGAUACAACAUCAAACAUAGCUCGACAAGUAAUUCGACUUCAAUAUUCAUCGGAUCAAUUGUUAACUAUGACAGGACCUUAUGCACCGGAAGAUCAACGAUUAGCAAUUCGAGAUAACUAG